AUGAACCUGGGGAUGAAGGGUCUUGAACAGCUGGCCAAGGUGUACAUCAGCUGCAACUGGAUCCUGGCCAGCUUCCAGGGCUGGCAGGGGAACAAUGACCUGUUGAGAGCCCCCACACAUCUCCAUGACUCUCUCCUGAUGUCUGUCGAGGCCAGUGCAGGCUUUGAUUAG